AUGCUUAAUCAGCAGAAAAAUGUUCGCCUCAUCUUCCAGGGCCGAGAAUUAACCGAUCGCGACCAGCGUCGCUCAUCUUUGACUAGGGGGCCGCUCCGUAGGCUAUGCGACUACUCGGUUACCGAUAAUGCCACUAUUCAUUGUUUAGUUACCAAUCGACCUUCCUCAUCAAUUGUUUCGGCUUCUACGGAUGACAGUACUCAAAUACGUCGGCGACGGAAUCCAGGGGGCUCAUUUUAUUCAUACAUACAAUCGAGCACUGUAUCGGCUGCAGCCACCUUUUUUGAUCGCUCUAACUCUACACAACUGAAUGAUUCUGGAAACUCUGGGGCCAGGCAACCCGUUUCUGGAACUCCAAAUCGCUUCAUAUCAACUGCUAACGCUCUGUUGGAGCAUAUUUUUUCAGAUCUUGACUUAAGCAAUCGUAUGCUUUUAAUAUGCUUCACUGGGAUUCUCUGCAUAUCCUGGCUCUUCCAUCUUACACAUCGGCACUAUUAUAAUCAUUAUUCCACUAUCACACUUCUCGGUGUGACAGCGUCUUUUGUCCUAGGCUUCUUCCUUCAGCUGCCACCUGGCGAAAUUGCUUUCACAGCUCAGGUGAUUCCACGCCUACAUAUUCGGCAAAGUCGGGAGCCUUCUGCUCCAGAGGCCCCCCUGUCAUCGUCUCAAUCAAUUGCGCAUACACUUUCUGAGAGAGUUCCAUCUUCCAGUUCACACCAAGUUUUAGAAACUGCCACCAUUCAGGCAGCAGAAUCAGGGCUGCAGAACACAAUAUUUUCAGCGGAACCAUCGCAAGCUACUUCCAGUAUUAGCCAGCCCCUUGCUGAGGCCCCAGUUGAGGAUUUAGUUUCUUCAGUAAGGGCUCUCUUAUAA